AUGGAAGGGAAAGUGCUCUUGGGUCAAAGCUUGAUCUGGGCGAUAAUCUUGUUGGGACAGAUACAUGGAUACGAAAGCUGUACUGUUAAAGAGAGGAACGCUUUGUUAGAGCUCAAGAAACACGUGAGCUUACACAGUAUAAAAGGAGGGCUUAGCCUUGUUCUCCCUACUUGGAAUAAUGACACAAAGAGCGAUUGCUGUCGGUGGUGGGGUGUUAAGUGCAAUCGUACAAGCAGGCGAGUUACGAAGCUUUCCCUUGGUAAACCGUUCUUUUUAGGGACUUCUCUUUUAAAUCUUUCUUUGCUGCACCCCUUUGAAGAGGUCCAAAGUUUGGAUCUAUCCGAGUCCAGCUUCAAUGGAUUGUUUGAUGAUGUGGAAGGUUAUCAAAGCCUAAGGAGACUGAGAAACCUGGAGAUUUUGGAUCUCUCGUCAAAUAUGUUCGACAACAGCAUAUUUCUCUUUCUUAAUGCUGCUACGUCACUCACAACUCUAUUUCUUGGGGAAAAUUACAUGGAUGGCCCUUUCCCUGUUAAAGAACUAAAAGACUUGACAAAUUUGGAAAUGCUGGAUCUGAGUGACAACAUGUUUAACGGCUCCAUGCCAGUAAGAGAGUUUUCUUACCUGAAAAAGCUGAAAUCUCUGAAUCUUGGAGUUUUUUGUGAAAUGGAGAAUCUACGGGAGCUCGAUCUCGGAGGAAAUUAUUUUGUAGGCCAGCUUCCUAUGUGUUUAGGUAGGUUGAAAAAGCUGCGGUUUCUUGACCUCUCAUCAAAUCAAUUAAGUGGAAAUUUACCAUCAAGUUUCAGUGGCCUCGAGUCCCUCGAAUAUCUAUCAUUGUUAGAUAAUAGUUUUCAAGGCUUCUUCUCACUCAAUCCACUUGCCAGCCUCACAAAUCUCAAGGUUUUCAAAAUUUCAUCAACAUCUUCUGACAUGGUGAAGAUAGAGACAGAGAGUACUUGGCAGCCAAAAUUUCAACUAAGUGUUGCUGUACUACGAUUUUGCAGCUUGGAGGAAAUCCCUUACUUUUUGGUGUACCAAAAGAACUUGCGCUUAGUUGAUCUAUCCGGCAAUAGAUUAUCUGGAAACAUUCCUACAUGGCUCUUGGAGAAUAAUCCAAAACUACAAGUCCUAAAGUUGACGAAUAAUUCUUUCACAAGCUUUCAGAUGUCUACAAUGGUGCAUGAUUUGCAGGUCUUGGAUUUUUCUGAAAAUCAUAUCAGUGGACUGUUCCCUGGUAAUAUUGGCAAGGCGCUUCCGAGUUUAGUAUAUAUGAAUGGAUCGAAAAAUGGGUUACAAGGGAAUUUGCCAUCGUCUAUGGGUGUGAGAUGA